AUGGACGGCCCGGCCAUCAUCACCCAGGUGACCAACCCCAAGGAGGACGAGGGCCGGGCCCCGGGCGCCGGCGAGAAAGCCUCCCAGUGCAACGUUAGUCUGAAGAAGCAGAGGAGCCGCAGCAUCCUCAGCUCCUUCUUCUGCUGCUUCCGUGAUUACAAUGUGGAGGCCCCGCCAGGCAGCAGCCCCGGCGUGCUUCCGCCACUGGUGGAGGAGAACGGUGGGCUCCAGAAGGGUGACCAGAGGCAGAUCAUUCCCAUACCAAGUCCACCAGCUAAAUACCUCCUUCCAGAGGUAACGGUGCUUGACUAUGGAAAGAAAUGUGUGGUCAUCGAUUUAGAUGAAACAUUGGUGCACAGUUCAUUUAAGCCUAUUAGUAAUGCUGAUUUUAUUGUUCCUGUUGAAAUUGAUGGAACUAUACAUCAGGUGUAUGUGCUGAAGCGGCCACACGUGGACGAGUUCCUCCAGAGAAUGGGACAGCUGUUCGAAUGUGUGCUCUUUACUGCCAGCCUGGCCAAGUACGCAGACCCUGUGGCCGACCUGCUGGACCGCUGGGGUGUGUUCCGGGCCCGGCUCUUCCGGGAAUCGUGUGUUUUCCAUCGUGGGAACUAUGUGAAAGACCUGAGUCGCCUUGGGCGGGAGCUGAGCAAAGUGAUCAUCGUGGACAAUUCUCCUGCCUCCUACAUCUUCCAUCCUGAGAAUGCAGUGCCUGUGCAGUCCUGGUUCGACGACAUGACGGACACGGAACUGCUGGACCUCAUCCCCUUCUUCGAGGGCCUGAGCCAGGAGGACGACGUGUACAGCAUGCUGCACAGACUCUGCAGUAGGUAGCCCCGGCCUCCGCCCGCCUCCUGCCUGCGCACCCUGGAACCUCAGCCUCGGGACCCGCCUGGCCUCUGCUCCCCCGGGAGCUGAGAGUGAGGACACGCCAUGCUCCCGGCCACGGGGCGAAUGUGGCCAUACCUACCUGGUUUAUUUUUUAAGAACAGAAACAACUAUUUUAAAAUGAACUCUUUUAAUGAAUUUCAUAAAGGGACAUGCAUUUUACUGGAUUUCCUUUUCUUAAAACAUACCAAAAAGGAAAAAAAAUGGGAAAAAAAAAAGCUUGGUAUCUAUCAGACUUCCUUUUACAACUGUCCUCCCCUCCAAGCAGACAGCCUGUCCCCUUCUACCCCAGCUCAGAGGAGCUGACCCAACUCAGAAUCUUUUCCUACAGGAUGAAGUGCCUUUUUGAAUGUUAUUUUAAGCUGAGAGUUAAUUUUUCUAUGCGACAUAUUUCCAGA